UUACAGGCAAUGGUCCGUCGCCGUGGUAGUGGGGCUUAUUGUAAAUAAAACUAAUAAAAACUUUAAAAUAAAAUAUUUCUAAGCCCGUCCAGUCAGAAAUUGAAAAGAAUUCGUGGAUUAGAAAUUAAAAUAUCAAUUAUUGAGCUAACGAUAUGGCAGACAAGGACGUUUGUCGAAUAUGUUUAACCGAGGCAGUUGAACGAGACAUCACUCAGUUAUCAGAAGAAUUGAGCGGUGACAACAAAACUUAUGAAGACAUACUGUUGUUUUGUUUAAAUAUUGAGGUUUCGCCUGAAUCAAAACUGACAUCAAAGUUGUGUGUUGAAUGCUUUAGAAAAAUAAUAUUGUUCCAUAACUUCAAGACAUUAGCAUUAAAGAAUGAUGCAUAUUUACAUUGUCUACAAAAACAGAGGUAUAGAAAAUGUGCUGUUUUUGAGACAGACACCAUAAAAUGUGAGGAAAUAAGCAAUGGACUAUCUGAUGAUGCAUUAUGUGACACAGUACCACUUAGCAAAAUGGAAUUUGAAAUAAAAAAUGAACAUAACAUAGAAGAUGUGCCCUCAGAUGAUGAACUGCUUAGUGUUAUAAAGAAAAUAAAAUAUGAAUAUGGUUCUGAAGCAUGUAAAGAAAAUAAAGAAUCUCUACCCAAGGCUAAAAAUAAAGGCAAAAAGGUGAAAGUGAGGAAAAAGAACAAAGAACCGGAGCAAAGAGAGAAGAUAUGUGAAGAGUGUGGCAAAACUGUUGUCAACUUGUUUGAGCAUAUGAAGCUGCAUCUGCCCGCCACUGAGCGGAAGAGGAUCCAGUGCAAAGUGUGUGAUAAAACAUUUGCCAGCUACGGAGCGAGAUACAGACACAAUAAAAUUAAACAUUUGGGCAUAAAACAACAUUGUGAUGAGUGUGGCAAAGACGUAGUGAGUCUGCGCAACCACCACCUGCUGAUGCACAGCGCGGGCAAGCUGCCGCACGAGUGCGUGCCGUGCGGGCGCCGGUUCAUCUCGCGCGCCAAGCGCGACCUGCACAUGGCGCGCCACACCAAGGAUCGGCCCUACGUGUGCGACAUGUGCGACAAGGACUUCCGGCACAACAUUGGCCUCUUACAACACAAACGUCAAGUACAUGACAAGGAGAAGACCCAUCUAUGUCAAAUCUGCCCAAAGAGAUUUUUCAAGAAAUAUAACCUUCUGGUGCAUUUAAGAAGCCAUUCAAAUGAAAAGCCGUACGAAUGCCCCGACUGCGGCAAGCGGUUCAUCUCCGCCACUGUAAUGAAGAACCACCAGAUGAUACACAGUGACGUCAGGAACUACCCCUGUGACCUUUGCGAUAUGGCCUUCAAGAAACCUGGGUACCUCCGUAUCCACAUGAUAAGUCACACGAAGGAGAAGCGCUACUCCUGCUCAUACUGCGACAUGCCCUUCGGUCGCUCCGACCACCGCGCGCGCCACGAGCGCACCGCGCACCAACGACCCUUCAUACAGAGUCAGACCAACGCACUGACGCAACCUGGCCUGCAGUGACCAACAGCGCACCUUCAACGGUCUCAAAAACACGCACUGAUAAAAACGAGCCUGCAGUGACGCAAUAAACGCACCGUACGCCUAUUGUAACUAACGCAACCUGUCUUUCAGUGACAACUUGAACUGGCCAGAAACCGGUAUCAGUAACAGGUAUCAGCAUAACUUCAUAGUGUCAGAUAACGCCUAGCAUAGGUUGUACGUCAAUGACAUGUCUGUAGCAAGCAAACCUUUUAAUUUAUCAUUAUCUUUAUCGAAUCUUACUCUCUGAGGUAUAUUUGAAAAUGCCAUCUUGAAUUUAGAAUGACGUCACUAAACCAUAUAUUGUAAUCUUAACAAUAUUUUAGAUCAAUCAUUGUGGGAUUGUACCCGAACAUUUCGCAUCACUAACACAACAAUACAGUUGUAUUAGUGA